UAUAGACUUUGUAGUUUCGUCAUAUUUUUGAGUCGUUUAGUGACGGACAGCUGCGUUUUAUGACUUUUUCACGACUGGAGCGUCGACGUCUGCUCAAAAAACACAUUUGUGGUGGAGCGACGAGCGAGAUUUGAAUGGCAAAAUGUGAAUGAAAUUUGUCAGCGUUGCAGCCAAUGAAAUGAUGCUACGUCACCAGCGUCUCGGUCUACAAGUAGCGGUUGGGAAGGAAGAAGUCCGGUUGAGGUUCAGAAAAGGUUUUGAACCGCUGAGGGGGCAGAAAGUCCAGUGCACCGCCGUCUGUCGCACUUGUCCCACUUCACGGAGAAUGUCGUUCUUUCUCAUGAAAAAAAGAUUCGAAUUCAAAGUGGACUUCGACUUGGAGGAGCUGUCGUCAGUGCCAUUCGUCAACGGCGUCUUGUUUUGCAAAGUUCGACUCGUACACGGCGCUUUCGUCCAAGAGUCUUCUCGGGAGCCCGUCCAAGCAAACUGUGUGCGCUGGAGGAAGCGAUUCUCCUUCAUGUGUAAGAUGAGUGCCAAUGCCCGGACAGGUGUGCUGGAUCCAUGUGUGUGUCGGGUGUCGGUGCGCAAGGAAUUGAAGGGUGGGAAAGCAUUUGCAAAGCUGGGCUUUGCUGAUUUAAACCUGUCUGAGUUUGCUGGAUCGGGCAGCACAACACGAAGAUGUCUCCUGGAGGGAUAUGACACCAAGAAAACUAGACAGGACAAUUCAAUUCUGAAGGUUGUCAUCACAACACAACUUAUGUCUGGAGACCCCUGUUUUAAAGCCCCCUCAUCCACAGCCAUGACAUUGGCUAUACCACAGGCAGAGUCCGAGUGUCUCCUCGAGGAGCGUAAGGGAGGAGACAUGCACACAUCCCAUUCAGCAACAGGGACUCCAAUUCCAGAGAAAAGGCUGGUCGGUAGUCACACUCGAACAUCCAGCUACACCAGUCAACAGUCCAAAGUUUCAGGCUACAGCUCAAACCAUUCCAGUUCACCAGAUCUGAGCCAUCGAAGGAACGCGUCAGGAGGGUCAGCCUCGACCGGCAUCGGCAGUACCCCAGAGCCCAGUGAGCAUCAGGCUGAGAGAGCAGACAAGGAGAGCCGGUCCUCUCCUUCAAACCCGGCAAGCUCCCAACACACUACGGAACCGAACUCCACAGCUGCCAAAGCUUCGAGACAUCCGGUCAAGCAGAACUCAAUGGAGAAUCAGCUGACGAGGGUAAACGACACCAGGGUCAACGCAGACGACAUCAUUGACACAAUCCUGCAGAGCCAGGAUUUCAGCCACGGUAUCUUGGACUCCAGUACAGAGGAGGAAGGACUCAGAUUGUUUGUCGGUCCCGGCGGGAGCACAGCUUUGGGAAGCCAGCACACUCGGGUUGCAGCGGGACCAUUUGAGCAGGUGGUGAUCAAGCGAUAAGCUUUGAGAAGCCUGUGAGCAUGGUGAAGGGUACCCUAUUACAGCAUUUUAGGAAAUGGCGUCACAAGCUCCCCUCUCAGAGGCGGCAGCUGUGUACAGAACAGCAGAGGAUUUACUUACAGCUUCUGCAGCCCAGGAAAGCCCUCGAGUGUCCAACAAGUGCAGUUGAAGGCCACAAUGAACAGGGUUUUGGCAACUGAGCAGGAAUCAGUCAAUCUGGAAUCGAGAUGUACAUUUCAAGAAAAGGGUAUUUGUGUCAUGAAUACAAAAUUAUGACUUUUCAAUAUUUUAGUGUACAGUACAUCAUGCCAUUUUGUUUUUUUGCAUAUUUUAUUGGGGAUGUGUGAGAAUGAAUGAGCUACCAUUUCACAGAAUCUUUAUUUAUUUUACAAAAAUUCAAGACACAUUUUAUUUCCUUCAUCAUGAUUUGUGACCCUGAAUACUGCAAAGCUUACGCUUGUGGUAAGUGAAGGGGUUAUGACAUAGAGCAGCACUGUGUUCUAUGGAUUCUAUAUGCAAUACUGUGUAAAUAAUUUUGUCAAGUAAAUUACUGUCUUGUAAUAAUGCACUUAUAAAUGUUAAACACUAAUGCUUCUAAAAUGGUUUUAUUUUAAGUGCUAUAUUUUAAUUAAGCUUGGUGCUCAAUAAAUGACUGCACUCUUCACAGA